AUGGAUGCUAGAAAUGAGUUCUUUGUUCAGGGCGCUGAUGGUCGAAAGUUUAAGAUGGUGAUUCGCGGUGAUCUUGGCAAGCUGAGCGUGGGGAAGAUACGACGGUAUCUCGGGUCGUAUGGCGUGUCCGACACGCAGCUUCUCUACUUCAACGGCAUGCCGAUUCAGGAUGACGCUGUGGGCAAAGAUUUUGGGCUAUACAAUAACGCCGUGCUGCAACUAGUCUCUCCAACCCACAGCACGGACGCAGAGGCGGUGAGAGAGGGACUGGUCGGAAAGGCAAACGACCUCCCAUCAGCGAUGAUGCGGGAGAACCGCAACAACACGCCGCCUUCUGCUAUGAGCACAGAGUCACGGGAGGAACUUUCACAAAAUGCCUCGUUGCGUCCGCAGACAGCUGCUGUGUCGAGCUACGUUGACCCGGAAAGUGAUUUUGGCAUUCGCUCACAGUUACGUAGUGGGUUUGCCAACACCUAUAACAGCAGCAAUAACACCAACGUCAAUGAACAAAAAAGCAGCGGUCUUGCUGCAGCUCUAGAAGUGGAAAAUCUCCAGUUGCGCGAUGAGGUACAUCGGCUUCGUCAGGAGCUCGCCGAUAUGCGGGGGUCGGGAAAGGGCCGCGACAGCAGUGGCGGCGGCGGUGGCGGGGUAAGACGCCAGUCCUCUCCAUCGGCCGAUCUUCUGUAUAGUGCCAAGGCCAACCUACAGGAGCUAGGCGAGGAGCUGGGAAUACCGCUGCAGUUCGACAUGAAUCUCACCAGUGUGAUUGGUACGGACGAGCGACAUAUGGUCCUCGUUACCUUUGACCAUGCAACGGAACGGUUAUACGUCUACUCGACAUUGCUUACGCAGCUGCCCGAGGACGCCGCGGUGCGUGUAAAGCUGUACGAGCUCCUACUGGAAGGUUCCUUGCUGGGGCGGGAGGUGUGCGGCGGUGGGAUUGGCAUGUCGCUGCAGAACGGCAUUGUGAUGCUAUCGACCACAAUCCCGCUGCGUCACUGUUCCUCAUCUGCCCUCAAGGAGACCAUGCCGUCGUUCGUGGAAACCGUUGAGCGGUGGCGCGCUUUGAUCAAUGAGCUUCUUGAAUGA